CACCAAUCUCGCUGCUGAUUUUUAAUUCAACAAAAGCAGCGCUCGCUCGUCCUCAAUCGCGCCUGCGCGCGCAUCAUCAUCCAGCAGCAUGCCUCCGAAGCUGAAGAAACCGAACGGCGGGCCCGUUGUCCUCCUCUGGCACCGAACCGACCUUCGUCUUCACGACGCGCCAGCACUCACCGCCGCAUUGGAACUCAAACCAUCCAUCUUCAUCCCCGUCUGGACCUGGGAUCCUCACUACGUCUACCGCGCCCGCGUCGGGCCCAACCGCUGGCGAUUCCUGCUCGAAAGCCAACAAGAUCUCUCUGCCGCCUACACAAAGCUGAACCCGAAGCAGAGACUCUGGCUCGUGCGCGAGGCGCCCCAGACCGUGCUCCCGAAGCUGUGGAGGACCUGGGGGGUGACCCACCUGGUCUUCGAGAAGGACACCGACGCCUAUGCUCGGGAUCGAGACAACCAAGUGGUGCAGCUGGCGGAGAAGGCGGGCGUGACGGUGGUCAUCAAGAGUGGGAGGACACUGUUCGACUCGGACGAGAUCGUGCGCGUCAACGACCGCAAGCCAACGAUGAGCAUCACUCAAUUGGAGAAGGCGGCCGAGAAGCUCAAUGGCGGGGUGCCAGACCAGCCGCUGGCGGCCCCGACCAGCGUCCCGGAUCCGUGGGAGGAGAGUCGCAUGGACCUGAGGGAAUUGGACCAGGACAUCCCUGACACAGAGCCGGAUGUGAACUCGGAACACAGAAACAAGAAGUCGGAGACACAGUACCAUAAUAUCAUGGGCCCGAAGGGGGACUUCGCGGUGCCCACGCUCGACGAAUUGGGCAUUGACCCAUCGCAGGCGACGACGCCGCAUCGCGGGGGCGAGUCAGUGGCUCUCCAAAUCCUCAGCGAUUGUAUUGAGGAUGAAGACUACGUCAGUACAUUCGAAAAGCCCAAGACUUCCCCCGCCGCGUUCGAGCCUCAGGCUACCACGUUGCUAUCGCCCCAUCUCCAUUUUGGAACCUUGUCCGUCCGAAAGUUCUGGUGGGAUGUCGACGCCGUGCUUCAGAAGAGAAAGAGUGAGAAAAAGCCCGUCGCACAUAUCCCGACCAACCUGCCGGGCCAACUCCUGUUCCGGGACAUGUAUUUUGCGGCCCAGGCAGCCCUGGGGUACGCCUAUGCGCAGACCCAGGGGAACAAGAUUGCCCGCUUCGUCCCUUGGCAUCUGCAGUCUAACUACUCCCAAGUCCCGCGAGGCGAGCAUCUGCUGGAUGGAACAUACACGAUCGACAACCCCGAGGCAGAAACCUAUUUUCGACGGUGGAAGCACGGGCGCACCGGAUUCCCGUGGAUCGAUGCAUUGAUGCGGCAGCUGAAGCAGGAAGGCUGGAUCCACCAUCUCGGACGCCACAGUGUCGCGUGCUUCUUGACCCGCGGGGGCUGCUACGUGAGCUGGGAACGCGGCGCGGAGGUCUUUGAGGAGUGGCUGGUUGAUCACGAAACCGCCUCGAACGUCGGGAACUGGAUGUGGCUCUCCUGCACCGCAUUCUUCUCCCAGUACUACCGCUGCUACUCCCCAAUCGCCUUCGGCAAGAAAUGGGACCCGGAAGGGCGGUUUGUGCGGCGCUACUGUCCCGAGCUGGCGCACUUCGACAAGAAGUACAUCUACGAGCCGUGGAGGGCGCCCAUCGCCGACCAGAAGAAAUGGAAAUGCCGGAUCACCGGCGACGGGUCGAGCGAUCGAGACGAGGCAAGCGGGCUGCAGACCUAUCCGAAGCCGAUGUUCGACUUCAACGAGCGGAGGGACUUCUGCAUUGCUCAGAUCAAGCAUGCAUACGAGAUGAACCUCUACGGGAAUGAUCCCAAGGUUAUGGAUGGGUCGUGGAAAGAGCUGUUUGACUUCCAUGAUGAAGGAGGGAAGGUGGUGGAUGAGACGACGGGUCAAGAGGCGAAGAGUUUAACGGAUCACACUCGGAAGCGGUCUGGUGGUGAUGGGGUGGUCGAUGGAGAAGACGGGGCUCCUUCCGAUGAGGUUAAAGAUGAAGAGCCCAGCCCGAAGAGAAAGAAGGGAUAGAGUUCGCAUGAUGUGAAACCAACUGAUUGCCAGUGGUAUAUAAAUGUCGAUAUAUAUAGUGAUACACAGU